GCCGGCGAGCUGCAAACCGAACGAGAGGAGGUGACCGGUGUAAAAUGGCGCUGUCUCAAGGAACAAAGAAAAAAGUUUGCUAUUACUACGACGGCGAUGUGGGGAACUACUACUAUGGCCAGGGUCAUCCUAUGAAACCACACCGGAUCCGCAUGACACACAACCUCCUCCUCAACUAUGGACUGUACAGGAAAAUGGAGAUUUAUAGACCACACAAAGCCAGCGGUGAGGAGAUGACCAAGUACCACAGUGACGACUACAUCAAGUUCCUGCGGUCGAUCCGGCCGGACAACAUGUCCGAGUACAGCAAGCAGAUGCAGAGAUUCAAUGUUGGAGAGGACUGUCCUGUGUUCGACGGUCUGUUUGAGUUCUGCCAGCUCUCCACAGGAGGCUCUGUGGCUGGAGCGGUGAAGCUGAACAAGCAGCAGACGGACAUCGCCAUCAACUGGGCCGGAGGACUCCACCACGCCAAGAAGUCCGAGGCCUCCGGGUUCUGUUACGUCAACGACAUCGUGCUGGCUAUUCUGGAGCUGCUCAAAUACCACCAGAGGGUGCUCUACAUCGACAUCGACAUCCACCACGGAGACGGCGUGGAGGAGGCCUUCUACACCACAGACAGGGUCAUGACCGUCUCCUUCCACAAGUAUGGAGAGUACUUCCCCGGCACCGGAGACCUCAGGGACAUCGGAGCAGGAAAGGGGAAGUACUACGCCGUCAACUACCCUCUACGAGAUGGAAUCGAUGACGAGUCCUACGAAGCCAUCUUCAAACCUAUCAUGGCUAAGGUGAUGGAGAUGUACCAGCCCAGCGCCGUCGUCCUGCAGUGCGGUGCCGAUUCUCUGUCCGGAGACCGACUGGGCUGCUUCAACCUCACCAUCAAAGGCCACGCCAAGUGUGUGGAGUACAUCAAGAGCUUCAACCUGCCGCUGCUGAUGCUGGGCGGCGGGGGCUACACCAUCCGGAACGUGGCGCGCUGCUGGACCUACGAGACGGCCGUGGCGCUGGACUGCUCCAUCCCCAACGAGCUGCCGUACAACGACUACUUCGAGUACUUCGGGCCGGACUUCAAGCUGCACAUCAGCCCGUCCAACAUGACCAACCAGAACACCAACGAGUACCUGGAGAAGAUCAAGCAGCGGCUGUUCGAGAACCUGCGCAUGCUGCCGCACGCGCCCGGCGUCCAGAUGCAGGCCAUCCCCGAGGACGCGCCGCACCCCGACAGCGGCGACGAGGACGAGGAGGACCCCGACAAGCGAGUGUCCAUCCGCGCCCACGACAAGAGGAUAGCCUGCGAGGAGGAGUUCUCCGACUCCGAGGACGAAGCGGAGGGCCAGGGGGGCGGGCGGAGGAACGCCGCCAAUCACAAGAAGGUGAAGAGGGUCAAGAAGGAGGAGGAGAAGGAGGGAGAGGAGAAGAAAGAAGUGAAAGAGGAAGAGAAGGAGGAGGAGAAGAUGGACACGUCGGGACCAAAAGAAGAGGUGAAGACGACUUGAAGUGCGUCCCGUGGAGAGAUGGAAGGUUUAGCUGUUGUCCUCUGAUGACCCCCCCCCGCCCCAACCCUCCCAUACCAAGGACCUUUUUUCUAUUCUCUCUCCGCGUUCCCAGAAGCAGACUCGCUUACACACUGAUUACAUUCGGUUUUCGGACUCGUCCGGAACUCCUCGCAGCUGCAGUGUGAAGCAGCUCUGCUUCCAAACACAUCGAGACGGUUUACAAGUUCCACGCAGACGCCUCCUCUUUAGUUUUUAAACAUCUAUUUAUGAUCCUGUGUGAAAGCAUGUCUCGCAUGUCUCCAGUAACUUAUUUGACUCAUGACCAUCCGAACCUGCAGUGUUUUCUAUGUCGCCGUGUGAAUGAGAAGUGAAGAUUUUAUACCAUUAAGCAUAAGAAGGUGGAGUGUGUUGUGUUGUUCCCUCCUGAAAUGUGUGACCACAACUUUGUAAUAAUAAAAGA